GGAGGUAGUCAUGGUGCCACUGCCCGCGCAGGGCCACCUCAACCAACUCCUCCACCUCUCCCGCCUCAUCUCCGCCUACAACAUCCCUGUCCACUUCGCUGGCACCACCAUCCACAACCGCCAGGCUAAGGUACGAGUCCACGGCUGGGACCCUUCAGCCGCCUCCAAUAUACAUUUCCAUGAUUUCCCAACGUCUCCAUUUCACAACCCUCCACCUGAUCCCAACGCCACCACCAAAUUUCCCUCACAAAUUCUUCCAUCAUUCCAUGCAUCCAUGGAACUCCGCCACCCCAUUUUUGCCGUGGUUGAAACUAUCUCAAAAAAAGCCAGAAAAGUAAUUAUAAUUUAUGAUUACUUAAUGGCUUAUGUUGUUCAAGACAUGCAUUCUUUACCAAAUGCUGAAUCCUAUUGUUUUCAGAGUAUAUCAGCUUUUUCUUUAUACUCAUUUUAUUGGGAAGUUAUGGGAAAACCUGAAGUGAAAAAUGAAGCAGAAAUUCUUAAAGAAGUUACUUCCAUGGAAGGGUGCUUUGUCCCAGAAUUAUCAGAAUUUUCGAAGUUGCAGCAUGAGGCAAAGAAAUUCCAUUCUGGGGACUUGUACAAUACAAACAGGACAAUAGAAGGUUUCUACCUUGAUUUACUUGCAAAAGAGAAGGCUUCAGGAACGGAAAAAAUCUGGGCCAUUGGCCCAUUCAAUCCUGUGGUGAUUCCAGAAAGGAAAAAUUCCAACACCCGCAGUCAUGAAUGCUUACAAUGGCUUGACAAACAAGCUUCAAAUACUGUGAUAUUUAUUUCCUUUGGCUCAACAUCUUCAUUAUCUGAUGAACAAAUCAAAGAGUUGGCAUUAGGGUUGGAAAACAGUGGAAAAAAAUUCAUAUGGGUACUGAGAGAUGCAGAUAAAGGAAAUGUCUUUGAAGGAGACGUUAGGAGAGCUCUAUUACCACAGGGGUAUGAAAAGAGAGUGAAAGAAAGAGGAAUUAUUUUAAGAGACUGGGCACCCCAGUUGGAAAUUUUGGGGCACCCUUCGACGGGUGGUUUCAUGAGUCAUUGUGGAUGGAAUUCAUGCAUAGAGAGCAUAACCAUGGGAGUGCCAGUAGCAGCUUGGCCGAUGCACUCAGACCAGCCCAGAAACGCCGUACUGUUAACAAAAGUACUAAAACUCAGCCUUGAAGUACGUGAUUGGGCCUGUCGAGGUGAGGUCGUGUCUGCGAUCACAGUCGAAAAUGCUGUAAGAAGAUUGAUGGAUUCAGAAGAAGGGGAAGAGAUUAGACAAAGAGCAGCAGCAUUUGGAGAUGCUGUCAAGAGGUCAGUAAUGGAAGGUGGAGCUACUCGAAUGGAAAUGGAUUCCUUUAUUGCUCAUAUCACUAGAUAA